UAUACACCACAUGAACGAUACUUCACAGCAUUCUCAAGUUUAUAUUAGAACAAAGUAACACAAGAAAACAAUAACUUCAUCAUGAAGAUAGAAAUUUGAAGAAGGUCCAAAACUCAUGUCAUAAAACAAAAACAUGUGUGAAAAGGGUGACAUAUUUGGACGACCGCUGAGUUACAGCUUUUAUCUCUAAAACAGUUCAACAGACUGAAGAAAACAACUGCCAAUUGACGAUGAACUCACACCCCAUAACUAAUGCCAUCUGUUAAAAAAAAAACACACGCUCUAUUUGGCCUCCUAGUGACGUACUUCCGGUUAACUGUCAAACUCGCGCUGCCUUCACGUCAGUCGAAGCGGAGAACUUGGACCAAAACUAACGGACGAGGAGAUCGAAAACUCGGCAUAACAAGGUAUUAAAGAGAAAUGUCUUUUAUAUUUGACUGGAUCUACAGGAGCUUCAGCAACGUCCUGCAACUUUUAGGGUUAUACAAGAAGACAGGGAAGCUGGUUUUCCUCGGAUUAGACAAUGCUGGAAAAACAACCCUCCUGCAGAUGCUCAGAGACGACAGGCUAGGACAGCACAUGCCCACGCUUUACCCAACAUCUGAGGAGCUGACCAUUGCUGGAAUGACAUUCACCACAUUUGACCUAGGAGGUCACACACAAGCACGAAGGAUCUGGAAGAACUACUUCCCAGCCAUAAAUGGUAUAGUUUACAUGGUGGAUUGUGCUGAUCAUGAGCGACUGGCAGAAGCGAAAACUGAGCUAGAUGCCCUUCUAACAGAUGAAACAAUUGCCAACAUCCCAGUUCUCAUCCUGGGGAAUAAGAUAGACCGUCCAGAAGCCAUCAGUGAGGAUGUGCUCCGAGGAAUGUUUGGUCUUCAUGGACACACAACUGGAAAGGGAACGGUUUCAUUGAAGGAGCUGAAUUUGAGGCCCAUGGAGGUUUUCAUGUGCAGCGUGCUGAAGAGACAGGGAUAUGGAGACGGUUUCCGUUGGCUUUCCCAGUAUAUUGACUGACUGUUUUUUUCGUAAUCAGACUUGCUUUACUGCCUGUCCAUACAAAGACAUGUUCCACACAAAACUACCUGCAGUAGAGAUAUAUUUGAUUGAAUUUACUAUUCAUAGUACCUUGACUGCCAGUAAGAACUAGAUCUCGAGUAGAGCUUUGUUUUGAAAUGUCCUGUAUUUUUUGCAUCUUCACAGAAAUCUGUGCGUCACAACACAACAGCUCAAAGAUAAGUUAUGAAUCAUGAAUGAUGAUUCAGUCUGAGAGAGAAAAAAAAUCCUCAUGUUAGGGUUUCCUUGUUUCGCUUGCAGUAUUACAUGUAGGGAAUCCUGUCUGCCUUAUACAGUGGAGCGCAAUGAAGACGUUUCCAAGUUGGGUUUAUAUUUGGCUGCUGGUGUUGGCUUACACUUUCACAAGUUAACACUGCAGGCUUGUAUUCAGUUCUACUAGCCUAAAGAUGAAACGCACUUUUGCUGGAACAGUAGCAUAGUUCUGCUUUUAUAGUUACUUUUUACAAAGAUGUGAAUCUUAAUGUGCCAUCAGCUCUUACCUAGAACAGAGUAGUUUCAGGUGGAGAGUGCUACGAAAAUUCUGCGCAGUCUUUGCUAAUGUUAAGACAGCAGCCUGCUACCUCCUUGGACACCGACCGUUCUGUUGAGUGUACUGUAAAGUUUCUGACUGCAGCCAACUGUAUGAAUGUGACCACAAGUGCAAUUACCGACCUUUCCCAUUAGAAACUGAAUUUCCCACUAAACCAUGUUAGACAACUGAGAAAACAAAAGCACUCCAUUUUCGUAGAAGAUGCCAAAGUUCAUGUUUAUACGAGGGGCAACUAUUGUGACAUAGCUUGAGUACUUGGUGAGUAGUUGCUGCUAAAAACUUGCAGUGAUAUUAUGAGAGUACUCAGGUGGUGCUUAAAAAUAGGGUCUUCAAAACAUGAGCAGAACAAUACAGUGCAAUAUUAUACAUUUUUUGUGUAUAAAAUAUUUAUAUUUUUCAAUAAGAAAGAGUUUGGCUCGUGUUGUGUAAAGGAUUGACAUGUGAAGUAAUAUUAUCUGUGACAAAAGGUAGACCAUUCUUAUUUGACAUGUCUAACACUUUCGAAUAAAUAUUUAUGACAAUCCUUUUUAUGAGUCAUGAACAUUUACAAUGGACCAUAAAAUAUACAGUCUUUCCUAUUUGCGAUCACAAUUAAUGUAUUUCAACAAAAUACACUGGAGAUCAAUCAGUGGUCAGAUUUGAUUAAAUUUGUUUCAAGGUCAACACAAGAAUUUUUACUGUCCAAAUUAA